UUAAGAGCACGCGCACGCUGCACGCGCUCUGAGCGUAAACAGGAAUAGGUACGUCAUCGAGCGUCAUCUGCACCAUGGCGACGGUGACGCUGAGAGCAUUUGUGUGCAGUUUCUCCAUCAUAUUCCUGUUAAAACCGAACGGGUUUUCCUCCCAGCAGUUUUCUAUAACUUUUCAGCAGCCUACGGAUUGUGGUGUGGAAAGUUAUUUUGAUAUUUCGAGCUUGUCUUGUGUGAAAUGCGGGCCGAAUCAAGUCAACAGCAAAUCAGGACUGGCAUGUGAGUGUCAGGCUGGUUUCAGGGUGCUGGUCAGUAAUGGGGCGUCCAUCACGUGCCAGCAGUGUCCUGAUGCUAAUCAGGGGGUCACCCAGGAUGGGUAUGGAUGUAUCCGUUGUCCUGGAAGUGUAGGGGAUAACGGCAAAUGUCAGUGUCCUAAGGGUAGUGUGCUGGUGGAGAGAGAAUGGAAUGGGAAUCCUUUAAAUGAAGCGCAAUGUGAGGCGUGUAAUGCAACAGAGCCUGCUUUUUCUGCCCCAGAUACGACAGGCAACAGGUGUGUGAGAUGUGAGGAUUCCUUCAUCAACUCAUCUCAGUCUUGUGUUUGCGGGACUUCAAACAUACAGGCAGGUGGGAUGUGCUUCCCUCCAAACAGUCUGCCUGCGUCAGUUGCCUCAAAUGUAAUCUUUGGCCAACUGGCCCUUUCCGUCACAUCGUUAUGGUUUUCAAGCUUCAUGUAUUCUUCAGCAGCUGCCUGUUUGUUGUUCUCAAACCGGACAGCAUGUCAGUCUCUGGGCAACAUGUGUGUGAUGAACAUGCACUCCUCUAGCACCAUCAACAAUGAUGCCUGUGGCCUCUACAACACAGUCUAUAGAGCUGCUCAGGGCAGCAGCCAGGACAUCUCCUACUGGAGAACAAACCUGCCUUGGCUCUACUAUGGAGACCAGCUUGGGUUGGCAUCACGGAUUCUACAGAAUGAGCCACUUCCUGUUGGAUUCAGCUUUAAAGGGACACAGAAGAACACUAACAUCGAGCUGCAAGCUGCAGUUUACUCAGUGCGUGGGGAGUUUCUGAGAUGGGAGAGCGUCGGUGGAGGAAACCUCCAGCUCUGUCCAGACACCCCUACCAGACAACAAUCCGCUUUCAUGUUUGGGACAGCCUACAAGCAGAGUUGUGUGCUGUCUGUGUCAGAGCUUCUGAAUGGGUAUCCGGAGCCUGUGUUCUAUGACGUGUUCCUGGUCAUUCAGAAGCCACAGGAGGACAAGCGUCUUCUUGCAGUGCCUCUCCUAAAUAUCAACCAGCAGUUUAAUGGCCAGUUCACUAAUCAGGGAUCUAGCAUGAAUAACUGGUACCUGACCCGGAGGCUGAUGCUUGUGGACACAUUGAGUGGAAGGGAAAAGUCUUUGAGUUCUUCACCCAAGGUCAUACGUGUGGCCUCUAACAUUAAGAUCGGGUUUCAGCUGGUGACGAAUACACAGAAGGGACAGGUGUACCCCCCUCUGAUGACUGUGACUUACUCAGAUAUACUUGUCACUGACCCCACCACACAGACUGUUACACCAAAUGGGUUGAUUUCUGUUUUAUGUACAUAUGUACAGGUGACAUUCUCUCUUGAGUAUACGAUGGACCAGGAAGAAGCUCGGGUCAAAACUGAUAUUGCUCUUGGUGUGCUGGGUGGGGUGGCUGUUGUCCACUCUUUAUUGAAAACAGCAAGCUGGAAAAGAAGAAUCGCAUCUCCUCUCAUUGACCUGCAGACCAUUAUGAAGUUUCUGGUGUUCUAUGCUGGUGACCUGGCAAAUGUUUUCUUCAUCAUCACUGUUGGAACAGGCCUCUACUGGCUCAUAUUCUUUAAGACAGUGGAGGCCCAGCUAUUUGUGUCCGUGUUGCUGCCAUUACCAGCUCAGGAGGAGCGCUUUGUUGUUUAUGUUGGCUGUGCCUUUGCUUUGAAGACUGUACAAUUUCUUCAUAAGCUCUUUGUUCAGCUGUCUGUGGAUAUUUUCUUCAUAGACUGGGAAAGACCUCGUAGUAAAGCCAGUAAACAUGUGGAGGGGUCUGGUGAAGCAAAAAGUCAAGCAUCUCCUGUCAGUAUCUGGAGAACAUAUUUUGUGGCCAAUGAGUGGAAUGAGAUUCAGACCAUUCGCAAGAUCAACCCCACUUUUCAGGUCAUCGCUGUGCUCUUCUUUCUGGAGGUGGUGGGCUUCUCAAAUUUGGCUCUAAGAGACCCCUCAUCCGACCUGCAUCCGUCUCCUGAGGCAUACACACCUCCAUACAGCCUCAUACUCCGCUACGGCGUGGCUUCUGCAAUGUGGCUCUGCAUUGGCUUAAUGCAGAUUACAUUCUUCAAAGUAAUCCAUGAACGCUUUGUUGAAGACAAGAUUCGCCAGUUUGUGGAUCUGUGUUCAAUCAGCAAUAUCUCAGUGCUGCUGCUGUCUCAUCGAUGUUUUGGCUACUACAUUCAUGGACGUUCUGUUCAUGGUCAUGCAGACACUAACAUGGAUGAGAUGAAUACAAACCUGAAGAGGGAGGCGGAGAAUCUGUGUGGCCAAAGGGGACUUUUGCCAAACUCAGACACUCAGACAUUUCAGAUUUCAAUAACCAACCGUCUGCGAGCACAGUAUGACCGGAUAAUCGAGCCAAUCAACUGGAGAAGUGGUCCCUCAAGGUUGGUGGAUGCUUCAGCCAAUCCAUGUGAGCAGAGCACAAAAGCUUACCAUACUAUGAACCGGUUCCUGGGCUCUGUCAUUGAUCAUGCACAUCGUGAGAUGGAUUACAUAGUGAAAGAUAAGCUGCUAUUUGAGAGAAUCAUCGGUAUGGAGUUUAUAGAGCCACUGGAUAAAAGCAUCUUCUAUAAUGAUGAUUCUCACUCAUUCGCUGACGUCCUCUUUUAUGGUAAUGAGGCUGUGCUGUUGAUCUUUGACACCCUCUUUUUCUGUGUGGUGGAUCUGGGCAGUCAGAACUUCAUUCUCGCAGCUGUGUUAACAUACCUCCAGCAACUGGUCUUCAGGUUAAUCCGAAAUGGAAUGGGUCGUAGGAACCUAGCCAGCAAAACUCUGGUUGACAAACGAUUUCUCAUCUAGUUCCUCUGCUUAUUCUGUCUGCUCUCUGUUGUCUUAAUGCUGUUUCUUUUUUAUGCCAUGGCAGCCUUCAGAUUUCUUCUGCAGACUUUUGUAUUGUUUUUGUAUAAAAAUAUAUUUUUAAAAAUAUAUGAUUUGUGCAGGAUUUUUGUACUUUCUAUGCCAAGACAGUUCAGGAUUUGAUGUAUAAAUGUUUUGAUAUUGAACAUUUUUAAUCAGUUAAAUCAGUUAUUGGUUUUUACAGU